CUUCAUAGCCGUACGUCACUCUAACCCUUGACGACCAGAUCAAGAUGCUGCGUCGAGUGUGCCGGCGUGCGGCGUCCUCGCAGGCGCGAGCGCGCUCCUUCUCGCCUCGUACCGCAAAUCGUAUGCCCAAUUUGCGGCUCGAAGACAAGCGGAUCAACGUUUUAUUGUCCAAUAAGACGACCUCGGACAGCUUCGUAUUCGCCUGUCGGGCGCUGCGCUGCAAGGACGAAACAACGCUCUUGGCGGCUACAGACCCGUCGGCGUGGAACGUGGCGUUGCAGCGUCGGCUCGAAAAGCGGGACGAACGGGGCGCCGCCGAGCUGCUGGGGCUCGUAGCCAAUUUCGCACGGGAAAACGCUAGCGAACCCGUAUGGACGGAUCUGUUAUUUACGGUAUUACGGCAACGUUCGUCGCGUGGGUUCCGUAAAGAAGAGAUCUACCAGCUUUUGGGUCAGUUGAAGAAAAGAUAUGGACCAGAGUUUGUGGCGCGUGUAUUGGUUGGAGUGAUCAAUGGAUGCGCCAACAUUAAGAUGACCACGGCGGGUCACGAAUUGCUGCUGUAUCAUCAGAAACUAUGGCCUGAAAUUCGAGAAAAUGAAUUGGGUUUGAGUUCCCUGGAGCCACUGAUGCCACCGUCCGUUGUGGGGCAUUUGAUGACCAAGAUGGUGCAGAAGAAAGAGUACAAACAGGGGCUGAGUCUUGCGGCGGAAUAUUUCACGCACCCAGAGUUCGAUGCAGCCAGAGAUUUCCAGCAACAAGGAUUUCUGGCGUUAUUUGAAGCGAGUGUGAAGGCAAAAGUGACUCCCAGAAAAAUCGUACGCACGUUUUUAGACUACGUGGAUGGAAGUGUGCGUACAUAUGGCAACAAUUUGGACAGGAUUAAGCGAUUGCAGUUGGAACAAGGCUUUGGCGCCGCAAUACAGUGUUGCGUGACGCUGGAGGAGUUUUCACUGGCGUUGCACUGCUAUUCAACGAUGGAGAGCACGCGCGAGAGGAUAAUUGGUCGUGACGACUUGAGGACGGAUAGUGUGGCUGAUAACGCCGAAGAGAAGACUAAAGUUGUUGAUAAGGUGAUCCCUGUAGAUGAGAACAUGUACGUCAACGUGAUGAAGGCGUGUAUGGCUCUCCAGGACUUCUCCAUGUUGAAGGAUGCAUUCCGCGGGAUGGCAGCUCGAGGUGUAGGUCGCAGUGGUGGUUUUGGAUCAGCGAUUCGUUAUUGUCAUGAGCACCUGGAUGCGACCUUCCUGGAAGAAGUACUGGAAGAGGUAUCCACGACGGAACAGGAGCUUGGAGGCGCCUGGAUGCUGGAGGUGGAGAACUACAACGAUGCACUCGGUUGCUUGGCCGCUACGGGUAAAUCUGAGCAAGCUAAGGAGCUCUUCUCGCAGAUGCUGAACAACCCGUUCAUUGUACCGGACCACAUCACGAUGCUGGAGAUGGUAGAGAACCAUCGCGACGCCUCGAUUGAGGAGGUGUUCAGUCUAAUGGAUGUGUUCCUGGAGUGGAAAUUGGCUCCGAAUCUGCAGGUUUUCACGUCGCUAUUGUCUAUCUGCAUGCGCCGACGUCUCGUAGGCGACGCUGUCGCUCUGAUUGAUGCGAUGGAGAUGCAUGGGGUUGUCCUGGAUGUCAAGGCGUUUACGACAAUUGCGUUCAUCCAAGCGUCUCAUGGCGAUUUGAAAGCUGUUGUGGGCGUCCUCCGAGACAUGGCUACUAUGGAUGUCGCUGCAGACAAGGUCUUCUUUGACUACGUUAUCAACGCGCUUUAUGGUUCAUGUGGCAUCGAUACGUGCUUCGCCCUAUUCCGCGAGUUAAGUCAAGAAAACUUGGCUAUCCCGGAAGGCUUGUACGUCUCGCUGAUCGACUUGGGCACCCAGAUCGGAUUAAUUGAACGCACACUGCACAUCGCGUACAACAUGGAAUGCGAGGGAUUCCAGCUCUCGUCGGAGCAGUUGCGCGAAUUGAUGGUGCGAUGUCAGUCAGAAACUGAAAUUUCAGAGUUUGUGCGUACAUUUUCUCUACUUCAUCAAGGCUUGCAGCCAGAGACGCCGCGGUUUGAGGUGGAAAUGUACGAAGAUUUGAUCUCGAUUUUGACCAAAUUCAACCGCAGGAACGAAGUCUCGAAAGUGCAGAAAUUGGCAAGAACUGCAGGACACGACGACUUGAUCGUCUAGAUAUUGAACGGAGGACUAUUUACCGAUAGAAAUUGUGGUUUGAUUCUUAUGCUUAGUACGUUUUUGCACGUUGGUUGUACGAAUUUAGUAUCCGAUGCCCU